CCCAGCCUCGCGCACGGCGGAAUCGGCGGCCGGGGAAACGCGAAGCUGCGUCCGCGACGCGUGGAGAUCAACACGCGGACGACGACGAGUUGACGAGGAGUUGACGAGUCGACAACGAUGGCGUGUGCGGUGUCCGCUGUCCCUCCUGCCACCACUCACCCUGCCCUGGAGCCGAGCGGAGACUUCCCGGCGUGGCUGGAGGCGCAGGGUGUGAACGCGGAGGUGGCCCGGGCCAUGGACUCGGAGCUGGGCAUCCGGGACUACGGGGUCCUGCGCGCCUGUGUCGGGGACGGCCUCGUGCGGGCCGAGCUGCUUACCGCGGCGCGCGACCGCCUGCCCUUCGGUUUCUACGCCGUGCUGCGGCAGGUGGUGAAGGCCCUGCGGGGCGCCGAGCCCCACGACGGCGCUGGGACGCCGCGCUGGGACGACGCCGCCGCCGCCGCCAGCAACGCCUCCUCCUCUCCUGGAGACGUGACGCGGGGAGGCCUGGUGGACAUGCUGCUCGCGCUGUUGAGUGGCUUGAGCCGGGAGCUGCUGCUGUUCGUGCGGAGGUUGGGAACUGUGGAAGGAGUGGGAUACGUGGAGGAUUUUGUGACGGAUGAUGGGGGUCACCAUCCGGCCGAAGAGGAUCAGCACAACAGCCACUGUACCUUGGGUGAAUUUACCGAUGCUGAGGAACCGUGGACCCCGGUACAAGGAGCUGAGGGUCCGGACAGCCAGGAGCCCGCAGAACCUCUGCGAGGCCACUCCGAAUUCUUCAUCGAAGACGGCGCCCUGCAGCCCAAAGUCGCCAUUAAGAUCGAAGAACUCUCCGAGGAUUCCACCACCGCCGCCACCGCCGCCGCCACCAUCCCCGCCACCGCCGCGGUAAUUGACGACACGAAAGCCGCCGUUCGAUGCCGCGCUGAGCCACAAGACUGGCACGAGUCGACCCUCCCGGUGAAAUGCUCACCGGAUUGCUCACCGGGACGAGGGCUCCCCGCCGACAGCGGCGACUGUCGCGACAGCCCGGCGGCGGCGGCGGCGGCGGCGUGGCCGUCGGUGGCGGUCACCGCGGCGGCAGCGGCAGGCGUCGCGCCCUCGGCAGCAGCGACGGCGGCAACGGCGGUGCGUGAGCGCCCCUUCCGUUGCGACGUGUGCAGCCGCGCUUUCGCGGAGUACUCCAACUACCGGCGGCACACCCGUACGCACACGGGCGAACGACCCUACCGGUGCGAGGCGUGCGGCCGCGCCUUCUCCAAGCGCAGCAACAUGAAGAGGCACCAGCGCAGCCACAAAGGCGAGAAGCCGUUCGGCUGCGACGUGUGUGCCCAAGGAUUCACGCGACUCUGCAACCUCAAGGUGCACCUGCUGAAGCACGCCGGGGAGGGGGGUGCGCAGCGUUCCGGGGAAGCGAAUAGCCCGGUCCACUGCGAUGGCGGAUGGGAGAUUCAGAACUCCUCUUUUGCUACCGCGUAGGUUUUUAAGCGGUUGCAUGGCGGGGCUCUCUCGCUGCGUUUUCGGGGGUCGUCCCUCCAGCGCGUGUCGAUUUAUAUUUGCGAGAGAAACUCUCGGCGCGUGGAGCGAAACGGCAGACCGUCAUGCCGAACGAUAGUGAUACAACCUGAAAACGUAUCGGAGAACUAACGCCUCUUGUAAAAAAAAAAAUUUUUUGUCUUGUUUCCCCAAAUUUAUUCGUCGAGCGGGUGCCACUGUUCAUGUUAGAUAAUGGCCCGUGGAAGCGGAUAUAUUGUACAACUACUCCUGAGAUGUCUUCAAAUGACCUCUGGAUUACACAGUGUGGGGGCAUCACUUUCUCACCCGGUUAAUACUGGUAAGAACCUCCUGGUUACACCAGCCCACAGGGGAUUAUUGCUUCCGUCCGUCGU